UCUGAGGUGGUUCUCCAAGUGAAUGGCCGCCAGGUGGCUUCCAUUGGGACAAUUUGAUCCGGUUUGAACUGAGCCACACACACUGUGAAGUGAACCUGGAGUCAAUAUGGAUUUCAAAAUAAAAGCUGUGAUAUUAGCAGUCCAUCUGUCACAUCUGAUGUCGUCUGUCUCAGUCCUGUCAGACCUGAGCGGCUCAGCUGGGAGGACGAUGAAGAGGAGGAGGAGAUGAUGAUGCAGACGGUGGAGGACGGAGGCUACGAGUCGUCCAUCUCUCAGGAGAAACAGGACGCUCUGACCUGCAGCGGAAACGACUCUGAUCGUCCAAUCAGCCUCAAGACAGAUAAAUCAGGUCGUCUCCUCUUGGAGACUCCUGCUGACCUCCAGAACCUUCUGCUGCUCAGGAAGACCAAGAGAGAGCAGAAGGCUGCUGUCAGGAAACCUGCUGCUCCCCCUGCUGUCCACACAGUGCCUUAUUAUGUGGACGAGGACGACUUCUUUAAGGCCUGUGAACAGAAGCAAAUACUGCUCAUCGACAGGUUCCUGUCCACAGGUGGAGACGUGAACGCCUGUGACGCGUUUGAGCGUACAGGUCUGCACAGAGCGUCCUCACAGGGUCACACAGAGGUCGUCACAAAACUGAUGGAGGCCGGAGCCAACAUCCACAGCAGAGACAAGCUGUGGUCCACUUGUGUCCACUCAGCCUGUCGGGGAGGACAUCUGUCUGUACUCAAACUGCUGCUGGACCGCGGAGCAGACAUUACUGCAACAGACAAGCUGGACAGCACUCCUCUUCAUGUCUCAGUGAGGACCGGACACCUUGACUGUGUUGAACACCUGAUUCACUGUGGAGCUGAAGUUAACACACAGGACACGGAGGGAGACACUCCUCUUCACGACGCUGUCCGCCUGAACAGAUUCAAAGUCAUCCAGCUGCUGAUGCUGCACGGAGCCGACACCAGCAUCACCAACCAGGAUGGACGUCGUCCUCUGGACGGGGUGUUGGACUGGCAGAGUGAAACAAAGACUCUCCUCUUUGAGCAGAACAACAGGAAGUGAUGCCACUAACAGGCUGAUAGCGUCACAGACUGACCAAUCACUGCAGUCCGCUUGGAAACGUCUGAUUGGUUCCUCAGUGACUAAUGAACAAAUUUCAGCACUGACUUGUUUUAAUAUUUGCUGUUUUUAUCCUCCCAAAUGUCAGGUUUUUCUUUGUUUUUGUUUCAGAGUUAACGAGAAAACAGUUUUGUGAAAGUGAAGAAAACUGAUUUUUUAUUCAGACUGAUUCGUCCCAACCAGCUGAAUCUGAGCUGUUUUCCCUCAUGCAUGUGGCUAUUUAUUACAUUUGAAACUCCAUUAAAAAU